CUGACAGCUCGCUGCUGCUGUUUCUCUGUGACUCCGUCUGAGGCAGCCGGUUGGAGGCGGCGCCGUACGUUUGAUUACAGUCGUUGGCGGCUCCUCGUCUCCCUCCAUCUCACGUGGACACCGUUUCGUUCUCUUCUCGCUACAUCCACGUUAGCGUAGCGAGCGGCUCGAGGAGCUCUUCCUCUUUACGGUUGCUACACAGGACAGUUCCGCUCUCACAGGCUGACCUACCGGCGGAUAAAUCCUCAGACACUUUCCGUAAAAAGACUCGGGAGCUGCCAUGGAGCCGUGCGCGGCUGUGGGCUGUGUGAACAUCGGCAGCCUGACCAGCGCCUUGCCGGUGAUCCCGUACCAGAAGCUGACGGACCUGUACUACCUGAGCAGAGGGGGCUUCGGCACCGUGUUCAAGGCGCAGCACUCGGACUGGAGGACCACGGUGGCCAUCAAGUGCCUGAAGCUCGACUGUCCCGUUGGAGAAAGAGAGAGGAACUACCUGCUCAAGGAGGCCGAGGUGCUCCACAAAGCACGGUUCAACUACAUAAUCCAGAUCUUUGGCAUCUGCAACGAGCCAGAGUUCUUCUGCUUAGUCACCGAGUUUAUGAGCAAUGGCUCUCUGGACCUGUUGCUCCACGAGAAGGACAUGUACCCCGGGCUUGCCUGGCCUCUGCGACUGAGGAUCCUCUAUGAGAUUGCCUUAGGGGUUAACUUUCUUCACAACAUGAGCCCUCCUCUGUUGCAUCACGACCUAAAGACGCAGAACAUACUGUUGGAUGGAGAAUUUCACGUGAAGAUUGCUGACUUCGGCCUUUCAAAGUGGCGGCAGCUGUCCGUCAGUAAAGGCUCGGGGUCCAAGCCCACAGAGAUGGGGGGCACUGUGAUCUACAUGCCCCCUGAGAAUUACGAACCAUGCAAGAGCCGUCGGGCCGAUGUGAAGCACGACAUGUACAGCUACGCCAUCAUAAUGUGGGAAGUCCUGUCCAGGCAGAUUCCAUUUGAAGAGGUGACCAACCCAAUGCAGAUCAUGUUCAGUGUGCUCCGUGGGAUUCGUCCUGACACGACUCUGGACAGUCUGCCCGCUGACAUCCCCAGCAGAGAAACCCUCAUCAGUUUAAUGACCUGCGGCUGGACCACUAAACCUGAAGAGCGACCUUCCUUCCUCAAGUGUCUGAUUGAACUCGAGCCCAUGGUGAGGAAGUUUAACGAAAUUGACUUUCUGGAGGCCGUGUUGGAGAUCAUGAGGUCAAAGAGGAUGCAGAGAUCCAACUGUUGUUCAGCCCAGCCAGUGAGUGAGAAGAGGAGUGAGGAUGGAUCCCUGAGCGUGCUGAAGGACAGGCGCAGCCCCUGGCCGGAGAGCUCCUCCUCCGGCUCAGGCUCUUGCUCCUCCCAGGACACAGACAUAUCUCUGCCAGGCGCGCUCACCAGCAGCAACGCUGAUCCUUCCAAAGUCUCUGAUGCAGACAGGCUUCCGUCCUCAUUUCCAUCUCAAACACUGGAGCCUCCUGAGUCUCUGAAGGACCACUUCAUCGGCAACAAUCUGAACGGCGACAUAAAUGACUUGAACAUCCCCAUCAGGCCACCGGGCCUGCAUGUCGCUGAAAGUGAGACGAAGCUGGUGAACCUCACCUUCAAGCCUCAGCCUCAGCAACAAGCAGAAUACUCUCCCCCAUUGCAGCACUCCCCUCCCUCACAAGGCCCAUUCGCCCAGUGGAUCGCGACGCGCCGCGAGGACAUCGUCUCCCAGAUGACGGAGGCCUGUCUGAACCAGUGCUUGGAUGCCCUGCUGGCCCAAAGCAUGCUGAUGCGGGAGGAUUACGAGCUGGUAGUGACCCAGACCACGCGCACCGCCAAGGUCCGCAAGCUCCUGGACUACUGUCCUCGACACUGUGAAGACUUCUGCUGCAUUGUCGUCCGCAAGCUGCGAGACAACCGGCAGAUGGGCCUGCAGCCGUACCCGCCGGAAUUGAGCGCCCCCUCCCUCGGCCCCUGCGCGCCGCCGCUAUCCAUGUCCUUCAAUAUCCCCAGGAAUGUGUAGCAACAGUCAAAGCUAAACAAUGGAAACGAUCCAGAUUAUAGACUGUGUCGACUUCACACUGCACAUAACUACCGCUUUCGGUGAGAUGGUCCCCAUGGUUCCCGUCAGUCGUACCCUCAAAGAGGAACUGAAGGCUGCGUGAGCAAAGAGUCACAGUGACAAAGCUAUGCUACUUCCUGAGAACGCUGUUAAUGAGGUUAUUUAUUCAUAGUUCCUUCUCUCUCUCUGUGUGUGUGUGUGUGUGUGUGUGUGUGUG